GUCGAUAAGGGCAGGCCUGCUUGGAUAACAACGAUGCCAAAUAAUGAAUACACCAUCGAAGAGCUGACGCAAUUGGCACAAGACAAGAUCAACCUUGGCGAGAAGCUGCUCAAAGGCUUAUCCCAACGGAACACCAUCGAGGGCGUGAAGAAAAUUCAAAAGAAAAUCAGUCAAGAACUUAAGUUUCUCAACCGUGUCAAGGCGAAUCGUACGGUCACGAUUAAUCACAUUCUUUGCAGCAACCUAACGCACUUUGGUUGCUUGGUGGACUGUUUGCUGGCGAGUGCAGAUGUGAAACAUGUCGACUAUCCGCUUCCCGUCGAAGAUCGCGCCUGCCCGCUGCGAGUGGACAUCGUCUGCGAUGGUGGUGCCACUUGGAUCAAGGUGAUCGCUCGCAACCCCAAGUCGCUUAGCGAUGCCGUGUACGGUCGGACGAGCUACGGCUCGAAAUCGAUUCUCGAGCAGGCGGAAGAGUACGUUCAAGCGGCCAUCAAUUUUCCUUACAUGUUCCGGCCUCCGGCAGUGGUGUUUCGCUUCCUCAGCAAGCUGGACGAGGAGCUGGUCCAGCAGCUACAAGAAGUCGGUGUACGCGUGGUCAUUCUAGCGGAAGAACCGCAGGAACCGAUGGACGUUGGUGCAAACUCCGCCACCUUCGCGGACUGCAGUAAUCCCAAGGACGAAAUUCGUCUGCUCAAUGUGGACGUAACCACGCUCAUAGCGUACUGCAGCGCAAUGACUAACGGGUCGGCGCAAUGGGAAUUCAAACAACCGCUACUAUCCGAACAGGCACGCUGGGAACGGGACAAGCCGGUCAAGCCUGUUCUGGAGCGCCUGUUCGAGGAAAAACGGUUGAUCUGCUGUCAAACGGCGUACGAUUCGUUUAGCGACAUUCUAACGAUACUGGGGGGCGAACAGGAGAAAGCCCGUGCCAAGGAGUUGUUCCAACGGGUACAGGUCCUGCCCGAUGUGCCUCUCGAGCAAGCGCCAAAGGAACUGCAAUCGCUCAAGCUGGGCGGUAAAAUACGGCCGCGAAGUUUGCAGGUGUUUGCGUUUGGCCUGUUUCACCGAGCAGUAACCGUUACGUCGAAUGAGGGAUUCACGCGCGCCGCCAAAAUGCAGGGACUCGAGGUGCCCGUUUUUCUCCAUGACGCGCGGGCGCUCACGGAGGACAAAGAAAGGACUGCCAAACCGCUUCAUGAGUGACGGCUUGCCGUUGCUAAUAUCACACAAUAUGCUGCUGAAUGGACCAAGA